CACCCGCCCCCCGAAUUGCCUCAAACUCAUUCCGUCCCUGUUUUGUUUCUUUAACUUGAAAUCUGGAAAAGUAAAAUUUGCCAACGACUGCUGGCAUUACCUAUCCAUCAAUUCCGGCAGGAUUAUCACACAGGAAUUGGAUAAAGGAAGGAGUUGGAAUUUUCACAUUGCCAGCAGGACCGUUUUUUUCACUCAGGCAGGACCGCUUGUUAAGGAGGGGGAUAUCACUGUGGACAAGAUCGGGUUGCUUGUUUGUCAACUGGUUUAAAAACUGGAGGGAUUUCUUGUGCGAGAAGUUCGGAGGAUGAGUGGAUCGAAUGUUAGUGACCAUGUCAGCAACAACAACACCACCCAUCUCAAGGAGUUCCCUGCUAUCCCAACAGUCAUGUUUGUGUUUGGGGUCGUGGGGAACCUUAUCGCUAUUGUGGUUCUCUGCAAAUCUCGAAAGGAGCAAAAGGAGACGACGUUCUACACUCUGGUGUGUGGCCUGGCUGUGACUGACCUGCUGGGUACCUGUCUGGUCAGUCCCAUCACAAUCAUCACCUACGUCAAGGGGAACUGGCCAGGGAACAGUGCGCUCUGUGAGUACGACUCCUUCGUCCUCCUGUUCUUCGGCACCUCAGGUCUCAGCAUCAUCUGUGCCAUGUCCAUCGAGAGGUACCUGGCCAUUAACCAUGCCUACUUCUACAGUCACUACGUGGAUAAGAAGCUGGCUGGACUGACUCUCUUCACCAUCUACGUGGCCAACACCCUCUUCUGUGCCCUGCCCAACGUCGGCCUGGGCAAGACAGUCAAGCAGUUCCCUGAGACCUGGUGCUUCAUCGACUGGCAGACGGAGGAGCCUCAGCACGCCGUCUACUCUUACAUGUACGCUGGCUUCAGCUCCUUUCUGAUCCUGGUGACGGUGAUCUGUAACGUGCUGGUGUGCAUGGCCCUGAUCCACAUGCACCGUCAGUUUGUCCGCCGCACCUCACUGGGCAAUGACCCUCGGCUGCGGGAGCUGCGCCGGCGCCGGAGCUUCCGCCGCAUGGCGGGCGCCGAGCUCCAGAUGGUCAUCCUGCUCAUCGCCACCUCGGCCGUGGUCCUCAUCUGCUCCAUCCCGCUGGUGGUGAGGGUCUUUAUUAAUCAGCUGUACCGUCCGGAAAUUACAAAGGACGACUCAAAUCCUGACCUCAUGGCUAUUCGCAUUGCGUCGGUCAAUCCGAUCCUGGAUCCGUGGAUCUACAUCUUGCUGCGUAAAGCUGUCCUCACAAAACUGUUGGAAAAGAUCAAGUGUCUGUUCUGUAAACUGGGGGGACGUGCCCCUCACGCCAACAGCAGCUCCCAACACCUGAGGCCCCACCAGUCCUCGGCAGCCUCCAGUCAAUCCCCCUCCUUCAUCUCCAAGGAGCUGGCUGAUGGUAACACCUCGCAAACUCUGCUCUAUAACCUUGAGCUGGCUGAAAUGUUGCCAGGGUCCCUGGGAACACGAAAUAGCCUGAAGCAACCACAAUCCAGGCAGCAGCUCCAGCAGGAUAGUGGGCUCUUGCUGAGACGGGGCUCCACACAGGAAAAGAUACCAGUGUCCAACAUCAAUAUUGACAGCUCCUUACAAGUAACCUUCACCAACGAGCAAACAGGGGUGGCUGAGAAGUGUAUAUAAAACUGUGGCAGCAGCACAGAAGGAACUAUGUAUUACCCUGGCGUGUGUGAAGACUGAACCCAGGGGAGUGUGGGGGCUGAACUGGGCGUUACCCAUGGGAGUGUGAGGACUGAACUAGGCGUUACCCAUGGGAGUGUGGGGACUGAACUGGGCAUUACCCAGGGGAGUGUGGGGACUGAACUUGGCGUUACCCAGGGGAGUGUGAGGACUGAACUAGGCGUUACCCAUGGGAGUGUGGGGACUGAACUUGGCGUUACCCAGGGGAGUGUGGGGACUGAACUUGGCGUUACCCAGGGGAGUGUGAGGACUGAACUAGGCGUUACCCAUGGGAGUGUGGGGACUGAACUAGGCGUUACCCAGGGGAGUGUGAGGACUGAACUAGGCGUUACCCAUGGGAGUGUGGGGACUGAACUAAGAGUUACCCAAGGGAGUGUGAGGACAGAACUGGGCGUUACCCAGGGGAGUGGAGGGACUAAGCUGUGUUACCUUGGAAGGGGGGAUGGAGGGGGGUGGGGGAGACUGAACUGUGUUAACCAGAGGAUUGGUUUAGAGUGAACAGUGGGUUGGCUGACAGCCUGUGGUUUGGGCUAUGUUUUAUGUAGGAACCCAGUAGUGUAAAUAUCGUGUGGGUUUUUGUUAUCGACAAGAUGUUUAUUCCAUUCUUCUCUGUGAGAAGGUUUCAGUGUAGCCAGUGAUGUGGUUUGUUGGUGUAACUGUGAUGCUGAUUCCUUGAAUUGUUAAAUAAAAUUCAAAGUUUUA